AUGCGGGAGACCUCACCAUCCCACCCCUACUACCCCCUGGACGCUGCUAUUGAGGGCUAUGUACCCAACACAACCCCCGUUCUCGAGCUACUCAUCUCCGCCGGCGGAGCAUGUUUGAUCCUCCUCAGCACGACCUUUGCACUCAUCAGCUAUGUGCGACCGACACUGCGGAUGGCAGAUCGGAUCGCCAUCUUGUGGUUCGUGCUCUCCGGGACUCUGCACUGUUUCUUCGAAGGCUAUUUCAUGAUCCGCCAUGCCCACAUGGCCUCGGCCCAGGACCUGUUCGGGCAGCUGUGGAAAGAAUACGCGCUGUCCGACUCGCGGUACAUGACGUCGGACACCCUCGUCCUCUGCAUGGAGACCAUGACGGUGCUUCUCUGGGGCCCGCUGUGCUUUGUCGUGGCGUCCUUGAUCGCAGCCCGACACUCUCUGCGCCACCCUUUCCAGCUGCUGGUGUGCAUGAGCCACCUCUACGGCGAUACGCUGUACUAUGCGACGAGCCUCUUUGACGACUAUGCCAAGGGGCGGCCUUACUGCCGUCCGGAGCGGUAUUACUUCUGGCUGUAUUAUUUUUUCAUGAACUUUAUCUGGAUUGUGGUGCCGGCUUACUAUCUUUAUGACAGCAUCACGACCAUCUCGGCUGCUCUGAAGCGAAACGAGGAGUCGGCAGAAGAACGGAAAGCCCAGUAG